ACGAAUAUGGCUCCGGUGAUUUCUCUUCUUCUUCUUGUGUUGUUCUGUUGUCGGGGAGCAAACGGCCGUCAGCAGAACACAACAGCCGUGAGCUUGCUCGCUCCAGAUGAGGAAGUCAGCUGCUAUGCCGUAUAUAAUUCAUACACCAGGGGUAGUAAUCAUUACGGGGUGAUUGCAACAAUGGACGUCUACGGCUUUUCUAUAACCCAGGAUCAAGACAGCGGGGCUGCGAUCUGGGUCGGUAAUCCUGGCGAUGGUGCGCCAACCUCAGGGAACUUCAUUCUCGUCGGGUGGCAUGUGAAACCGCGGCUCUACGGCGACUCGAACACGCACUUGUUUGUCUAUUGGACGAAGGACGGAUUCCAGAAGACUGGUUGUUACAACACGGUAUGCAUUGGUUUCCAACCGGAGGCAGCCGCAUCUAUCUCUGCUGGUGACAUUAUCACACCAAGCAAGAGCAUCACAAUCAAAGUUUUUCAGAAUAAAGAUACUGGAGAUUGGUGGGUGUACUGCGGAUCCAAUGGCUCUGCUACUGCAGUUGGGCAUUUCCCCAAGUGGUUAUUUACUGGUCUGGCAAAUUCUACUGCUGAUUUUUCUUUUGGUGGCUACGUGAGUAAUGAAAAAACAGCAAAGACGCCUCCAAUGGGCAGCGGAAGCUCUCAGCCAGGACAGGCCGCGUCAUUCAGCGGCCUUCAGUACGUUCUCCAGGAUGGCACUGUGUCACCAAUCACCGGAGAUUUAGUUAGUCGUACCGAUAAGAAAAGUUGUUAUCCCGUCACGUCUAUUGUGGACGGCAAGUUCUACUAUGGCGGUCCGGGUGGCUGCACUGUUUAAUCGCUGUGAGCUAAUA